AUGUCUGACAUUAGUGCUAAAAUUCAUCGUAUUGCGACCAUGGCCGCGGAGCUUCAGCAAGAAAUAGAGGUGACGAAGCAUGGCAGGCUAAAUCGGAGACAGCAGCAAAAGACACACCCAUUCCCUGAACAGCCAGAAUUGGAAACCAUUCUUCAAGCAAUUGAACAGAUAUCCAAUAGUUUAAAGAAGAUCCAGAUGUCAAUUGCGACCGCAAAAUCACAGUCACGAUGUCGGAAGCAUCGCCGAGAGGCUCGAACUUUUCAGCAAAAGGCGCCGCCUCUUCGUUUCGCCCAGCUUCGGCCAAAGAUGUCAGUGCCGCAGCCUGGUUCGACAUACCAUAGUGACAUGGAACUAGACAGCCCGACCUCAUCUUCCUUGUCAGACCUAAGCACCGAUGACUUAAUCCAAACACGCCGGAACAGCCUAUUUGCUUCAGAUUCUGAGACUACGCCACAUCUGCGAGUCGAACAAAUGGGAGAUAGAAUGGUCGAUAGUCUUGAGGGCCUUAUUGGGACGACAUCAUUCGCCGGGAAAGUUACUGUAGAGGGUCCUUUCCACGUGGAUUGGGCGGCCAUGAAGUUCAACAAUCCACAGAACGGUGAACAGUUUGCCGUCAAAUACAGGCCAACGUCUAUGGUGCCUGGGUGUACCAGUCUGAGCAAAUCGAAAUCAACAGGCUUUCAACGCCUUGAUCUUUCGGCGCCCAUACAAUCGCCAUCAGAAGAGGAGGCGUUGACUUUUCUCGAGCAAGCAGUGAGAGACCCACCAAAGAAGACCCUGCAAUACUACGUUGGACCACGGUUGAUCGCUGCUUUUGGCAACCUGCUUCAUUCAGGACCUGUUCUCUCUGCGAUUAGUCCUAUAGAAGGCGUUAACUCCGUGUAUGAUCAUAUCGGAGAAAAAUGGUCAGGUACUGCAUUUCAUCGCGAAGACGCGCAUUUCCGGUCCUGUAAUCUUACUCUUUCGGGGGUGAAGUUGUGGAUCAUAAUAAGGCAGCAUCAUACCCAAAAGUUUGAAACCUACAUCCGCUCGUUUGCCACUGACACAUGCGACCAAUUUGUCCGACACCAGGGACUACUUUUUGCGCCCUCUGAACUACGCAACCAAAAUAUUGAUUUUGAAAUACUUUGUACCAAGGCUGGCGAUCUGGUCAUUACGGAACCGAGGCAGUAUCAUGCAGUUAUUAACUUCACGAAUAGCUAUGCUAUUUCAACAAACUUUCUCUUACGCAAUGAGGAACCUCUCCCCCUGGAGCUAAGGCAUUGCCCCCGUUGUGGACUAGGAAACUUAUAUGAUCAAGAAGGGAAGAUUAAAUACGCUGAAAGACUCAUUGAGAUACAAAAGUGCACGGACGAGAUCAUAGAGCAGGAUCCGCAAUGCAGUAUACCAAUAAUUGACCGCUGCAAUCCACCAAGUGCGAAAGUCUUCAGGCUUGCGGCUGUAAUCCGUAGCAGGGCGGUAAUUCUACAAUUCUUUAAGAUUGUCGAAGCCACUCGUAAGGACAGCCACCCUAGCAGCGUAUCUAAGCCGCCGGGCAAGCCACAGGAUCGCGUUUUACAACAUAUCACAAAUCUUGCAAGGUCUGAAAAGGAAUCAGACUUACUAGCGGUUCGUCGCCGAUAUGACCAAAUACUACUGGUCCGUGACAUUGAAGAGUCAAAGAUGGGGCAAUUAAGGACAGACUCGGCCUUUUUGAAAAAUAUUUGCGAAAAAGUCGGCUGGUCAGCGGGCACACUUAGGACUAAUCGAGAGCAUGGCAAAGGUUUAAACACUAUUUCCGAAGCUUUUAAUGGUUUAAUUUACUUCAUUCCUACAGACGCGACCACUACUCCUGCUAAAGCAACAGUAAAGGAGUAUGUGGACAUGGCAGGCAACAGAUCCGAAUUCGAAGACUUCAAGAAGCUUAUGAAUGAUGACCACAUCACAAAACUUUGUACUGCUGGGAAAGUCUUCCAGCAAAGCCAUUCGGGAUCUACUCUUCCCAAAUUUACCUGGGAGGCGGCGAAAAUAAGUCAUCUCUCAUCUCUAUCAAUGGACGAGUUGUUAUCGUACAUAGCACCGGCGGAAGACGCAGGUUGA